AUGUCGAAGCCAGGAAUGCGGGAAGCCAUGCGCGCACGAAUGCUAAGGGAUGACGUGGCGAAUGCGGAGGAAGACAUGAAAAGCCUCAAAGACGAAAUCAGCGAUGACGACAUUACCAAGCCUGAUUACUCUAGAGUCACCGCGACCACGAACCAGAAGGACGCGAAGGGCGCAGCAACGAAUGAAGAGGGUGCGAUAGGGAGUGCGGGUGAAAAGAGCGAGGCUACGUAUAAGAAGGAUGCAGACGUUGGUGAGAACGAGUUACAAAUGAUAUCGAUUCUCGUGUGUCGGGUGUGGAAAUAG